AUGAUUACUACAAUUUUUAUCGAACCAAUUUACACGUCUUCAAUUAUAAACGAUCUUAACAAAAGACAAUAUCCUAGUUCACAAGAAUCAAAGGUACCAGAGACCUCACAAGUACAAACAGAAACUAUAAAACCACCAGAUACUUCGGUGUCAUCACAAGUUCCUGAUGCCUCGCCUACUCCAGUAACCCCAGUAACCCCAGUAACUUCGCAAACUACAGAUAAUCCAAUUACAACAACAACUCCGAUUGACACCAGCACGCCUGUUCCAAAUACUACCAACCCUUUAACAUCUGUGUCAACUACUCCAGUGGAUUCAACUAUACCAUCAUCGCCAAAAACAACUGUGAGUAAUAGUAAUACCGCCACUAUAUCAAAUACUACCAUCACAGGAAACACUACAACAUUAUCGACUACAACAGUAACUCAAGAACCCAUCACAACACCAACUCAAACAGUAAUAACACAAAAUGGAAAAAGUGAAACAAUUACAAAGUUUACAACAACUCUGACAACUAUGACAGAGACAAUACCUGGCUAUACGACAAUCACAAGUACGACAGGAACAAACGGUGAACUGACAACUUUUGCAACUUAUAUACCACCAAGUACUGUGGUGGUCGUUAAGAAGACAAUUGCGCCAGCUAACCAAGAAUCUAAGAAUAAUAAUAGUAAUUCUUUAAAGCCGACAUUGGAAUAUAACAUUAUCA